UGCUGAGUGUCACAGUGACCAGAUGGUGUUUCAUUACACUUACAGGGAUUAUUUUACAUCGAUAUUACGUUUCCAAGACAAUGCAGCGGUACAGUUUGUGUUCAUACGGCUUAUUACCACGUCUGCACAGCGUCUGGAGUGUGGCAGGCAGAGGAAGGCACCGUUGAAGCGACGCUCGACACUCGCCGCCUGUCAACAAUAACACGGGAGGCCGCGGGGAUCACUCGGUCACCACUGGCGCCUGUCUCUGUCUCUGCUCUGCCUCAGUGUCUGUGUGUGUGUGUGUGUCUACAUCAGGUCUAGCAGCACAAGAAAUGUCAGGGUGGAGGCACCGCGGCGUGUGCCAAUAGAGGACUGACUUGUUAGACCUGCAGAACACUAACCCAGUGGUGCCAACACUGUGACAUGUGACUAUCCACAAUGCCACAGCCCCAGGAAGUGUUGGCGUGCUUCCAGGUGUUGCUAUUCACCUGUGUGUUCCUGAAGGCUGCUAAACCCCACCUAGUGAAUCCCCUGAGACAUGCUGCCUACUUGCGGAGACAGAGGCUGGCCAGGUGCAGGCUGAGGGUGCGAAGGGUGUCUGUGAAGACCUUGCUGGGGAGAGCACCUAAGGACCUUCACUGCGAACUGGACUUGAAUGCCAUUGCUGUUGUGAGUGAGAGAGCUGCAUUAGGCCUUGAGCUGAGGAAUGGUCAGUGGCAGAGAGUUUUAUUCUUCCAAGACAGUCACUCCAAUACAAAGCACACAUGUGGUUUUUCCCUAUCAAAUCCUGGAGGAAGGUGGAUUCAGGUGGUUGUGAGUCCCGAUGUGGAUGAUAAUCUGUGCCUCGUUUCUCCUGUACUCCACCACAACCUGCUGGAUGCUGGCAGUGAUGCAGAUCAAGGGAUUAGUGUGGAUUUUGUGGAUUGCUACACGGGGGUUUCUUCAGAGGUGGUGAAGAAAGUCCUUGCAUUGUGGAAUGAAGUGCAAGGGGUUGACAUGAGCAGGAUGGGGAAUGUCACUCCUUGCCUUCCCAACAUGGCGUCGGAGGUGCAUGUCAAGGUUAUAGAGUCAGCGCAGUAUAAACGUAGCGGUGAAUUGGAGUCGUUACUUAUAGAUUACUUCAGAGUCCGCAAAAUUGUAUCAUUGGGUGACACUCUGGUCCUCCCUGUACCAAGCCAUCUUGCUCAUGAGUUGAUGCAAAAUAAUGCCAUUGUUCCUCCCAAGAAUAUUUACAUUAAGGUGGUGAGAGUCAUCGGGAAGUCUGGAGCGGAGACGAAGCACUGUGUUCAUGUAGCUGUUGGCAGUACAAAUCUCUAUCUUGCUGGCGCCACACUGUCUGCCUUCCCAUCUUACACGGAGAGUAUUAACAGCGAAGGAGAGAUAGAUGUCCCUCCUUUGCUGAGAGAAAUGUACUUUAAACUGCUGAAAAUCAUGCGAAUGGUGUUGCAAGAUAGAAAAACAUUUACCAUAGUUUCCGGUGACAAAGGAAGUACGUCAGCAUCCAGGGUAACCAGUAAGAGACCAAAAAUCAAAGCAAAUAUUAAAAACUCUAGUGAACUGGAACAUAAGGCAGCAAACCACAUCAAGAGUGUAACUGUGUUGAUUCUAAGUCUGCCUGGGCAAGGCAGUGAGCAGGUCAUAAAGUUGGCUGCCUCUGCCGUGGGUCUAGACAUAGUGUGGGUGAACUGCUGGCAGCUGCGGGGGGACACCAGCGGCAGCACUGAGGCAAAGCUGCGGCAGGUGAUUGUACGAGCAGCUUCCAUUGGCCCCUGUCUCCUUGUGCUACAGGAUGUCCACUGUUUAGCAAAGGACCGGGAUGGUGAGGAGGAUGUGCGAGUAGUGGCAGCGCUGAGGGAGGAAGCGGCAAAGCUGUGCAGUGAGGAGCCAUCUGUGGUGCUCGUUGCCACUGCCCCCAGCCGUGACACUCUCUCUGAUGACCUGUGGAGUGUGUGGAGCUACCAUGAGAGUAUGGGAGAGGCAGGUCUUAGUCAGCGGAGUGAUAUGCUCAAGUGGCUCCUACCCUCGUGGCUCUCGGCCCACCAGAGCCUCACCCUGGCCCAGCGCACUGCCGGCUUCAUGCUGGGAGACUUCAUAGCACUGGUGAAUGCUGCCAAGAGACGCUGCCUGAUGCGAGGGGCUGCCAAGGGGGAUGAGCAGCAGCCUGGCAGUGAGGGUGUGGGGCAACAGAGGUCACCGCCACAGCUCCAGUAUUGUGACCUCCUACAUGCACUGGAUGAGCUGCAGGCAAGUCGCAGUGAGGCUCUGGGGGCACCGCACAUCCCCCAGGUGCAGUGGGGGGAGGUGGGGGGCCUGGAGGGGGCCAAGCGGCAGAUCAUCAACACCAUUCAGCUGCCCCUGCGGUACCCUUCACUUGUGGCCAGCAAAAUGAGACACUCAGGUGUGCUGCUGUAUGGACCGCCUGGCACUGGCAAGACACUGCUGGCCAAGGCGGUGGCGACAGAAUGUGGCCUGAACUUCCUCUCAGUGAAGGGCCCAGAGCUGCUUAACAUGUACGUUGGGCAGAGCGAGGAGAACGUGAGGCAAGUGUUCAGGCGGGCACAUGCAGCCGCCCCCUGUGUGGUGUUCUUUGACGAGCUGGACUCCCUCGCCCCAAACCGCGGCCACUCGGGUGACUCUGGUGGCGUCAUGGACAGGAUUGUGUCUGCUCUACUGGCCGAGCUGGAUGGAGCAGCAGAUGCAGCAGACGUCUUUGUGCUGGCUGCCACCAACCGGCCUGACCUGCUGGAUCCUGCACUGCUGCGGCCCGGCAGGUUUGAGAAAUUGGUGUUUGUGGGUGUCUGUGAGGAUCACGAGGGGCAAGUGAAGAUUCUGAAGGCUGUGACAUCCAAAAUACCUGUCAGUCCAUCCACCUCACUGGAGAGAGUAGCCAGCCUGCUGCCACUCAGCCUGACAGGAGCCGACAUGUACGCCCUGGUGACUGACGCCCUCUACAUGGCCCUGCACCGCUGCAUCAGUGCAGUGCGGGCCGGCCACCUGCAGGAGGAGGAAGCGGAGGUGUUGGUUACUGAGGAGGACUUGCAGAAGGCAGCCAAGAGCCUCGUGCCAUCAGUCAGCACCAGGGAGCUGGCUCACUACCACUCCCUUAACACUGCCCACAGAUGACAGGAGCUGCUGUGGUGAGACUGUUGUUGUGUAAGGGUUGUAGGGAAGAGAGGGGAAGAGGAGGGUGAUCAGGAGACAGGAUGCUGCAAGAAGAGGAAAAACAAGACAGCAUGAGAAAGGGAGAGAAAUAGGAGUUGAGAAGAGGCUUAGUUUAGUUGAUCAGUUCUUAUUUGGGUUGAUGAUAGCCAGCCAGGCAUGUUGUUGUGUCUGUGUUCUGUCCUGUUGCUUGAUGAAUCUCGGUGGUUGUGCAGUGGCCAGCAUGCCUGGCAACAAAUCCAGACUGGGGCAAUGAGAGUUCAUGCACAGCUUGCCCAUCUCUUCAUACUUUGAGUUAGAUGAUGAAUGAGAAUACCCGAGGAAACCUGGGGAAGGUUGACUAGAAACCUGGAUGUCACAGUGUGGCCCAGUCUUCCAGGUUAAGAGACCAUCCACCAUGCACAGCUGUUGCAUGUCUCCAACCUUAUUUAAUAACAAGAGAUGCUGUGUACUGUAAGGCAAAAGUUGGAAUACACUAUAGUGAUGUGUGGCCUUUCAGCCUGAGGUCUCUUAAUCCCUAGAUACAGCGCCACUGUGACGUCCAGGUUUCCUCAGGUACUCAUUUAAUGACCAACCUACAAGAAGGAUGACAGCCGGGCAAGCUGUGUAUGUGGUGCCCCAGCUACCCACUGAAACAUCAAGCACAAUGUUGAAUAAGUAUACAUACUGCAGUAAUGGUAACAAAUGACAUCAUAAUAUUCAGAACUGUUCUGUUGACUCCUUUAGAAAUUCAACAAAUUUCUAUUUAAUAAACCAAAACAACACUAUGACACCACCAUAUCUGCAUCUCUAUAAUAAUCAUCAGAUGAAAGCGAGUUUUAAUCUAGAUAUGUAAGCAGAUAUGUAAGCAAGUCUCAUGAGGCAAAAUUACAGUACUAAGGCCCAUGAUGUGUAUAUCUAGCUACAUACAUACACCAUUGACUCCUGACCUGCUCCAUCGGUUGCAUUCCAUUCCAUAAGUCCUUGUAUUUUCAGAGGUGCUUCCUGCAGAGCAUGGAUGACAACUGCUGUAAAUGUAUCUGGGUGUAAAUAAAAAAAGAAAAA